AUGGACCCUGCUGCCACACAGCUGAGCCAGGGCGUUCGGAUAUCAACCCUCCGUCCAGCCUGGAGCAAAGGCAGCCAAGAUCCUGCUGAUCCCUGCCGGGAAUACGCGCUCCAAGGUGUGCAGUCCAAUGGCUGGUCUGUUCAUGUCCCAUCUGACGUUACUGGUGAGCUUGGGAAGAUGGUCAUCUUGCCCUGUACUUUCACACACCCCUACAAGACAUUUGAGAGGACCCUCACUGCCAUUUGGAGGAUCAAGGAGCCUUACAAUGGCACGGUAGUUUUCAAGUGCAUCAGUCAGAGUGCCAGUGAGCUCUGUAAGACUGCCAUCAGCUACAAAAACAAAUACAAGCUGCUGGGUAACCCCCGGCACAAGGACCUUUCCAUCAGGAUUGACAACCUGACCUGGAGUGACAGUGAAAGGUAUUUCUGCCGGGUGGAGCUGUCUGGAGACAUCCAUGACAAGUAUGAAACUGCCCCCAGGAUCAUCAACAUCACUGUCAGCUCUAAUGGGGACCGCACCUUCCAGGCCCACUGCACAGCUGAGGGGGAGCCAACACCCACCCUGACCUGGACAGGACCUCUCUACAACAACCUCACCUCCACCACCAGCAUCAACCACCGCGUCACCAAGGAGCUGCGGUACCUGGCCCACGAUGGAAAGUACACCUGCACUGCUGUCAACAGCCACGGGAGAGCAGAGGGGGCUGUGUACUUCUACAAGUUCAAAGCACCUAGCAGCUCCUUCUUCCUGAUCCUCAUCUUUGCCCUGCUGGGAAUUAAAGUGCUCAUGUUGCUGGCCAUGCUGGGCUUCAGUCCCUUGGCAUUGUUCCUCCACCAGACUGGUAUCCUCCUCUCUGCUGUGCACAAUACAGAGGAGGACAUUAAUGUGUUUGAAGUCAACAAAAAACUGAACAAUUCCACAGGCCUACAAAUCAAAAGAAAAAGAAAAAAAGAAAACCUUAAAGACGAGAAAACUUGCCAGUGUCCAGUUCCUAUCCACACUUCUGACUUAAAAGUGGAACUUUGA